GACAGCAGAUCUGAAUGUAGUUCCAGCCAGCUGAAGGCGGAUGGAUCGCUACAGCGCAGUGCGGUAACAGACAUGGUGCCGGUGUGUGUGCGGGAGCUCGGUUGACAGCCCGCGGGAAGUAAUGCGAGGAGCACGGGACAGGCAGUGCAGCAUGGAUCCGGCCGUGCGGAGGAGGACACUAGGAGCGGAGGAUAGGCCGGGCGGCCGGGAUCAGGACACGUUAACACAUUCUGCUCCACUGCCCUUCAGAAAGCUGAGCAAUCCCGAUUUGUUUUCGUCUGCAGGGAAGGUAAAACUGCAUCGACAGCUGAGCCAAGACGACUGCAAACUGCGCAGGGGGAGUUUAGCCAGCUCGCUCGCAGGAAAACAGCUGCUCCCCCUGUCCAAUAGUGUGAGUAGCGGAGUGAUAGCAUGGCAGCCGCCCGUAGAGACGUCCAACCUGGUCCGAAUGAGAAACCAGUCUCUUGGCCAGUCUGCCCCAUCACUGACUGCUGGCUUGAAAGAGCUGAGCCUCCCGCGAAGAGGAAGUUUAAUCUUCUCCCCUCUGCAUGCGCUCUGCCGUGGAGGUGAUGCCCACCAGCGAGCGCUCUCACCAUCGUCCUCAUCAAGUCCACUGCACUUAAAGGUCCCCUUUAGUGCUGAUUGUGCCCUGGAGCCUUGCCAGUUAGCCUUUUUCACCAACCCACAACCACAAAGUAAUCCCGGUAGCCCGUGCUACGGUGGUCCAUUGCAGUGGAGCUGUCGUACUAGUAAUCGCAAGAGCCUGAUUGUAGCUUCCAGUACUUCUCCAACGUUGCCGCGGCCGCAUUCCCCUCUCCAUGGACAUACAGGUAACAGCCCUCUGGACAGCCCACGUAACUUCUCUCCUAACGCCGCUGCGCACUUCUCCUUUGUUCCAGCACGGAGCCAUGGACACAGAGCAGACAGGACGGACGGACGACGCUGGUCCUUGGCUUCCCUCCCUUCUUCUGGGUAUGGAACCAACACUCCAAGCUCAACUGUUUCAUCGUCCUGCUCAUCCCAGGAGAAGCUGCACCAGCUGCCGUUUCAGCCCACGGCGGAUGAACUUCAUUUCCUGACCAAGCAUUUCAGCACAGAAAGCAUCACUGACGAGGAAGGACGUAAUUCGCCCGCCAUGCGCCCCCGAUCUCGUAGCCUUAGUCCUGGCCGCUCUCAGUUUUCAUAUGAUGGAGAGAUAGUGUUGAUGAACCAUGUGUAUAAAGAGAGAUUUCCCAAGGCGACCGCACAGAUGGAAGAACGAUUAGCUGAUUUCAUCACUUCCAAUGCUCCAGAGAAUGUGCUGCCACUUGCAGAUGGCGUUCUGAGCUUCAUUCAUCACCAAGUGAUCGAACUGGCACGUGACUGCCUGGGUAAAUCCCGAGAUGGGCUCAUUACCUCCCGGUACUUCUACGAACUUCAGGAAAACCUAGAGAAACUCCUGCAAGACGCCCAUGAGCGCUCAGAAAGCUCCGAAGUGGCCUUUGUUACUCAACUGGUGAAGAAGCUGAUGAUAAUCAUUGCACGACCUGCUCGUCUCCUGGAGUGUCUGGAAUUUGACCCAGAAGAAUUCUACCAUCUGUUAGAAGCUGCAGAAGGCCAUGCCAAGGAAGGAGAAGGAAUUAAGUGCGACAUUCCCAAAUACAUCAUUAGCCAACUGGGACUUAAUCGAGAUCCCCUGGAAGAAAUGGCCCAGCUGAACAGCUACGGCAGCAGUAACGCAGAUACCCCUGAAAAUGAUGACUCAGUGGAUAAUCGCAGUGGUGCUAUACUUCAACCAAAGAAAACACCCUCAGAAGAGGAGUUUGAAAACAUCAAGUUAAUCAGCAAUGGAGCUUAUGGAGCGGUGUAUUUAGUGCGGCACAAAGGUACGCGGCAGAGGUUUGCCAUGAAAAAGAUAAACAAGCAGAACCUGAUUCUUCGGAACCAGAUUCAGCAGGCGUUUGUGGAGAGAGAUAUCCUCACUUUUGCAGAGAAUCCAUUUGUGGUCAGCAUGUUUUGCUCUUUCGAAACCAAGCGACACCUUUGUAUGGUUAUGGAGUACGUGGAAGGUGGAGACUGUGCCACUUUGCUGAAGAACAUUGGGGCACUACCAGUUGAUAUGGCCAGGAUGUAUUUUGCAGAAACUGUCCUUGCGUUAGAAUAUCUACAUAAUUACGGCAUUGUCCACAGAGACCUUAAACCAGAUAACCUCCUGAUCACAUCAAUGGGUCACAUCAAGCUGACAGAUUUCGGUCUCUCUAAAAUUGGUCUUAUGAGUCUGACCACAAACCUGUAUGAAGGACACAUUGAGAAAGACACCCGAGAGUUCUUGGAUAAACAGGUUUGUGGGACACCCGAGUAUAUUGCGCCCGAGGUGAUUCUGAGGCAGGGUUAUGGGAAACCAGUGGACUGGUGGGCGAUGGGUAUCAUCCUCUAUGAAUUUCUGGUUGGCUGUGUGCCUUUCUUUGGGGACACCCCAGAAGAACUAUUUGGGCAGGUGAUUAGCGAUGAAAUAGCAUGGCCAGAUGGGGAAGAUGCUUUACCUACUGACGCUCAAGAUCUCAUCUCAAUGCUUCUCCAUCAGAAUGCCAUGGAGCGACUGGGGACAGGGGGUACGUAUGAGGUCAAGCAGCAUCAGUUUUUUAAGGAUUUGGACUGGAACGGAUUACUUCGCCAGAAAGCAGAAUUUAUUCCACAGCUGGAAUCUGAGGAUGACACCAGUUACUUUGACACUCGCUCAGAACGGUAUCAGCACAUGGACUCAGAAGAGGAGGAGGACACAAACGAUGAGGAUCCUGUAGAAAUCAGGCAGUUCUCAUCAUGCUCACCCCGAUUUAGCAAGGUUUAUAGCAGCAUGGAACGACUUUCUGUUCAUGAAGAGAAAACUCCACCCCCCACAAAACGAAGUUUAAGUGAGGAAAAAGAGGACAAGCUGGACUGUCUGGGUGGGCUGAAGAGUAGAGAUCGAAGCUGGAUUAUAGGCUCUCCUGAAAUUCUCCGUAAGCGCCUAUCAGCCUCCGAGUCCUCACACACAGAAAGCGACUCCAGCCCUCCUCUGACAGUUCGGAGACGAUGUUCAGCUCUGGUGGAUAUGCCACGUUUUGCAAUCUCCAUGGAAGACGAAUUACAAUCUCCAAAGGCCCCACAUCUUCCUCCACAACAUGGAGUUUCCACCCCAACCCAACCCCCCCGAAACAGAGUUCCCUUGUCUGCACCAGAACAGCCCGUGGAGCGUGAGCUCAAGCUUGAUGAAGAAAUCGCUCCAUCCACCCCAUGCUCGACCAUCAGCAACAGCAGCUCCGCCACAUUAACAGCUGGCAGCACUGCUGACUUCUCAGACCACAGCUCCCAUUUCACUGGCACAGAAGGAUCUGAUUUCACCACUCCUAAAGCCACAAGUGACUUGGCUGUGAGACGAGCUCGCCACCGGCUCCUCUCUGGGGAUUCCGUGGAGAAACGUUCCUCCCGCCCCGUUAACAAAGUCAUCAAGUCAGCCUCUGCAACUGCACUGUCGCUCAUGAUUCCCUCUGAUCACCACACUUGCUCACCCCUCGCCAGUCCCAUGUCCCCGCGUUCUCUCUCCUCAAACCCAUCAUCCCGAGAUUCCUCACCAAACAGAGAUUUCUCCCCGGCUGUCUCCCACCUCAAGCCGGCAAUCACUAUAUAUCGCAUUGGCAAAAAGUACGGAUUCACCCUGAGGGCCAUCCGCGUCUACAUGGGAGAAAGCGAUGUCUAUACUGUUCAUCACAUAGUGUGGCAUGUGGAAGAGGAUGGCCCUGCUCAGGAAGCUGGUCUGAAGGAAGGUGACUUAAUCACACAUGUCAACGGGGAGUCAGUGCACGGAUUAGUGCACACAGAGGUGGUGGAGCUGAUCCUAAAGAGCGGGGGUAAGGUCUCCAUCUCUACAACACCUUUUGAAAAUACUUCAAUCAAAGUUGGACCAGCACGAAAACUCAGCUACAAGUCAAAGAUGGCGCGAAGGAACAAGAAAUCAAAAACAAAAGAGGGGCAGGAAAGGCAAAAAAAGUGCUCGUUAUUCCGAAAGAUCACAAAGCAGGCGUCUCUGCUCCACACCAGCCGCAGUCUGUCCUCUCUGAACCGUUCCCUGUCAUCAAGCGAGAGUGUCCCAGGGUCCCCAACUCAUGUCUUGUCCCCCCGAUCUCCCACACAGAGUUACAGAUCCACUCCAGACUCGGUUGGUGGAAAUUCUUCACAAAGCAGCUCCCCCAGCUCCAGUGUUCCCAACUCUCCAGCCAGUUCUGGGCACAUCCGGCCGAGCUCCCUACAUGGGUUGGCACCAAAGCUCCAAAGACAGUACCGGUCUCCGCGGAGAAAGUCUGCCGGGAAUAUACCACUCUCCCCUUUGGCACACACGCCAUCACCUACAUCCCAGUCCACAUCUCCUCAGCGUUCCCCAUCUCCUUUACCUGGUCACACCCUUGGGAACUGCAAUAUUUUUCAGUCCUUUCCAGUCAAGUUGCAUUCUUCUCCACCCCUGGUUAGACAAAUAUCAAGGCCAAAAAGUGCAGAACCUCCAAGGUCACCGCUUCUGAAAAGGGUACAGUCUGCAGAGAAGCUCUCUGGCUCCUUGUCAUCUGACAAAAAGCUUUCUUGUUCACGCAAGCACAGCUUGGACAUCUCUCACUCAGAGUUCAAGAAGGAAAUAAUGCAUAGAGACCUGAGUUUGCAGAGCCUGCCUGAGUCCACCAGCGAGAACACAGGAGGGAAGGUGGGUCUUGCAGAAAAGGGAACUCUGCAGAAACCAUCUUCAAGGAAGCUUGGUGCGAUCCGUCAAGACAGAGUGGAGAGAAGGGAAUCUCUGCAAAAGCAGGAUGCCAUAAGGGAAGUAGAUUCAUCUGAGGAUGAAACUGAUGAAGGGUCUGAGGACAGUCAGGAUGGGAGAAGGUUGGAAAGAGCAUCGUUUAGAACUUACCAGGACUCUGGAUCUGGUCUGAAUGAUAAGUAUUCCUGCCAAAUGAUGAGCAAGAGCAGCACAGAGGAUGAUACGUUCCUGCCCCGUGAUUUGCACUGCAAGCAUGAAACAAAAGAACCAUAUAUGCAGGCUGACAAUAGCAUCACAAGGAGGUUUCUUAAUAAAACAGGGGCUCUGACAGCUGAUAAAACAAAGACUCUUCUUGAAACUUGUUUGGAAGCAGCUGCUCAAAUAAAAACUGUAAAGCACAAAACAAGUUUUGAUGAGGUAUCAAGGAAUCCGUUAUCACUGGAGGAAAAACCUCUACACUUAUCAAACCAGGAUCACAGGGGAAGCGAGAAAAAGUGCACACCGAAAACCUCUGUAUUGCAAAAAGAUCACAACAUCACUGUAAACGGGGCUAAAUGUCAGCCAAGUCAAGGUAGCCGUGCAGAUCAUUUAGAUGGUGACUCUGUACAGUCAGCACAUUCUGUGGUCUUGCCUUGUGAGCAACAGGGUGGUUCAUCAACAGACUCUGUUAGCUGCUUGGCUACAGUGUCAGCUAGUGGUCCUGUAUCCAAUGCAAAUGUGCAAUAUAUCUCCAAUGUCUAUGAGCAUGGACUGCAGAGACCUUCUGAAAAUCAAAGCACUUUAAAAACCCAAGGUCCUUCAGACGGUGAAACAGUCUUGUCUAGUCCUAUGGAAACGGUCUCCUCCACUGUGGCCAGCGAUAAAACCCCUAUAGUAUCUCACCUUGCCACUGUGGCCAUUGAUAAAACCCCUAUAGUAUCUCAUCUAUCCACUGUGGCCAGCGAUAAAAACCCUAUAGUAUCUCACCUUGCCACUGUGGCCAGAAGUGUCUUGGGACCAGUUAAGCUUAGUAUCCCCGGACUAAAAGAUUCAGACGACCAAUCUGGUAAAAGGGAAAAGCCUUCAAAGCAAAAGAGAUGUCAGGUCUCAAGGUCUGAAUCUGCACAGGAAGUUAUCAGCUCAAUUGCUGCUGAUGAUGCUGUUAGGACAUACGGAUCUCUCAUCGAGAGUUCAGGGCCCCAGCAGCGAGACUGCACAUCUCUUCUCAAGCAUGCUGACAGCUCUCGAGUCUCUAGUGUUUCUUUACCAUCGAAGUAUAAACAGUCUGGGGACAGACAUUGUGUGCGAUCACCGUCACUACCAGACGUCAGUCAGACUCUCUUAACAGAUCAAAGGAGGGAACAAGACAAAAUCAAAGAGUUUUUGAAACGUACACAAGCACAUGACUGUCCCUCACAGCACACAGAUACAGUAGAAAAAACAUAGAGUCCUCCAUUGAACUAGUUUACGUCUGACCUCAGACCAUGUUACAUUUGUGUACAUUUCUGUAUAUCUUUGUAUAAUUUUUCAUGGUGUUUGUUUGUUUUUUGUACAUUACUUUCUGGUUUUCCAUCUUGAUGUUCUCCUUAUGUUCACAGAUUACAUGAUACAGGGUAUCUUAAACGCAGGGUUUUUUAAUCCCCUAAACAUAUAGAGUUUUCAUUUGGUGCUGAUACAUGACCGGAAAAACACACUCGUGUUGUGUUUGAGUUAGAGGGUGUGAACUCUUUGAACUGUUUGGCCUUAUAUUGACAUGAAGUUGCAGAAUAUAGAAGUAAAAAAGUAUAAAAAUGUCAAAUUGCUUAUUUACCUGAGGUUGGUGGCAAAUGGAAGUAUAGAUUGCUUAAUUGUCCACAGUGGAUGUUCAGAGCUUACAGACCAUGUAGUGCAAAACAUGGAAAAAUGGAUUAGAAAAAUCUGUUGAACAGUAAAUUAUGGUUAGAAUUUAAUCUGAUAAAAUGAGGCUUUUAUUGUCCCCAGAUCAGUACAGGUGCCUCUCACUAAACUGAGGAAAUACAUAAAAUAAAUGUACGGUACCUGCAUACACUAUGUUAAUGAGUAAUUGGGUUGAAAUAAUGCAGACAGGUCACAGCAGGCUCCCAGGGGUUAAUGUUUAUAGCUUUAAAACCUCAGUCUGAUUGUAUCACCCAGUUUAUAGCAAUAACAAUGUACGUCUUUAUCACAUCUGUCUUUUUAUACUUUAUUUUAUAAUCCGUUUUUUUUUUUAAUUUGUAACCAAAAGACCGAGAGGUAACAGGGAACAAGAAAUGUAGCUCACUUACAAGAAUUCAUAAAGACGAAAUAGAGAAAUGAGCCAUUUUUUGGAUGACAUUGUGAAGAUGGGUGAGAUUUUCUAUCCAUUAAUAUAACAAAGAUCAGGUUAAUGACUGUAUACAACAUAUCCAGAAUCUCUUAGUACAUAAUAACAUUACCUGACAUAAUGACAUUACCUGAUAGUUGGCUAUGUUAAUACAUGAUGCUGUUUAAAACAGAAAGAUCCUUCCACGUAAUGUACUUUAUCUCAGGGAUUUGCUUGGUGACAAGGGUGACAUGGCCAGCAUGUUGUAUAUUUUGCAGUUCCUUUAUUAUAAAUCGUAAUGUAUGCGCCUUAUUCUCCGACAUAAUAGACCGAUAACUAUGAGCAAUUAUAAUGAAUCAACCUACUUAUGUGCCACAGUAAUUCCUUUACCGUGUAUCCUUGGUACACAGUCAAGUAAUAAGGCUGGAUUAUAUAUAAUAUAUAUUAGCUGCCCUCUCAGAGCACAACAUUAGCGUAUAUAGAGCACUAGAGAAUAGAUGCACUUAGUUUAACAAAAGGAAUACAGAAUCCCCAGUUCUGUUUUAUUUGUAACACAUUGGGGAUCAAUAAGAUGUUGGGAUAAUGCUUGAACGCUGUCUUCCCUUUUACUUUGUAAAUAGCAAAUAUUUUACACUCCUGGUGUCCACUCUGUCAUUCCUGUUUUUGGCCAUUCUUCUAAGUUUGGUUUUUUGAAGACUUGAAAUACAUUUCUGGACCAACCACUGACAAAUAUUCUCUGCAAUAGCAUCAACAACAAAAAAAACUUCUGUUUACUGCAAUUGUGUGUACGUUUACUGUGAACUUGUUGUAUGCGCUGCUCGCUAAGGGUUGCAGUACUUUAAUGACCUCACUUCAUCAGUGUUUCUCGUAAAGGUACGUGUUUUUUUUAUAUCUCAAAAUGCAUUAGUUAGCGUAAGCACUAGCAAGUUCAAUGAAAACUUGUGGAAUUGAAUGAAAUGCGCGCCUGGGUUUCUCCAUUUAUUUUUCAUUUAAAAUGAGGAAUCCAAUCUCUUUAAUGAAAAUGAAACCAAACUGAAAGUUAGAGAUGGGUGGGCAAAGUGCUAUUGUGUGACUGAAAACUCUAAUGACUGCAAAUGGUUUGCUCGGUACCUGACACUACCCAGCAUCCAAUAAACACAUUUUGCUUCUGCAA